AGUGACAGUGUGUCAAUGGCUGCAGAUGCGUCGGAAAGGAAGGCUCUCAGAUACAAGCAAACCCUGCUCUAUGGGGAGUACCAGGAAAACCAAGGAGGCUCCAGCAGACGGGAGGCCACGCGCCUGCUGACAGAGAGACAGAUCAAGAAACAUGGCAACCAUCACCGCAGCCACGCAAGGACACGACAUGGACACGGUCGCCGUGGCCAGAAUGGAUACCACAGUCGCCAUCAGUACAGCUACCACAGCAGGCAAAGGAACAGGCGUCACUCCAACAUGGAGACUGAUGCUGCUGAUGAGCAACCAGCUGAGCCCGACCUCACGUCCUCUGUGAAGAACAAGCGCUCCUACUCCAAGUGUAGAGACUGCAUAGCACGAGUGCAGAGAUUCCUCGUGACCAGGUUGGGAGAGGACUGGAUCUUCCUGGUUCUCCUGGGCAUCACAAUGGCACUGGUCAGCUGGACAAUGGACUAUGCCAGUGCAAAGAGCCUACAAGCGUAUAAAUGGAUUCACGGGGAGCUGAAGGGGAACAUCCCCCUGCAGUACCUGGCCUGGGUAGCCUACCCCCUGAUGUUCAUCCUGUUCUCCUCCCUCUUCUGUCACCUGGUUUCUCCUCAAGCUAUUGGUUCGGGGAUCCCGGAGCUGAAGACCAUCCUCAGAGGUGUGGUGCUGAAGGAAUAUUUGACUCUCAAGGCCUUCAUUGCCAAAGUCAUCGGGCUGACAGCUGCUCUGGGCAGCGGCAUGCCUGUAGGCAAAGAGGGCCCUUUUGUUCACAUUGCCAGCAUCUGUGCUGCAGUUCUCAGCAGAUUCAUGUCUUUCUUUUCUGGAGUUUAUCAGAAUCCAUACUGUUACACAGACAUCCUGACGGUCGGCUGUGCUGUUGGGGUGGGCUGCUGCUUUGGUACUCCACUCGGAGGUGUGCUCUUCAGCAUAGAGGUAACAUCCACAUACUUUGCUGUAAGAAACUACUGGAGAGGAUACUUUGCUGCUACAUUUAGUGCCUUCAUAUUCAGAGUGUUAUCGGUGUUUAACAAAGAUGCAGUAACCAUCACCGCCCUGUUCAGGACUAACUUUAGGAUGGAUUUCCCUUUUGACCUGCAAGAGCUGCCAGCAUUUGCCAUCAUUGGGAUCUUCUGCGGGUUCCUCGGUGCGUUCUUCGUCUACCUCAACAGGCAGGUGGUGCUGUUUAUGAGAAGACCCAACGCCAUGACCCGCUUCCUGACUAAACACCGGCUGGUUUUUCCUGCUGUGGUUACACUGGUCAUCGCCACCUUGACCUUUCCACCUGGAUUUGGACAGUUCAUGGCAGGAGAGCUGAUGCCCAGAGAGUGCAUCAACUCUCUGUUUGACAACUUUACAUGGACAAAGAUUUCAGGGUCCCCCCCACCGGUCGGUCUGGGCCGCUCUGCUGCCUGGCUGCACCCUGAUGUCAGCGUCUUUGUCAUCCUAGUGCUCUUCUUCCUCAUGAAGUUCUGGAUGUCUGCCGUGGCCACCACCAUGCCCAUCCCAUCCGGAGCUUUCAUGCCGGUCUUCAUACUCGGAGCAGCAUUUGGCAGGCUGGUGGGGGAGAUCAUGGCCACGCUGUUUCCUCACGGGAUCGUGUUUGAUGGCAUCCUUUACCGCAUCAUCCCUGGAGGGUACGCAGUCAUUGGAGCGGCAGCGUUGACCGGGGCUGUGACUCACACAGUGUCCACGGCGGUUAUCUGCUUCGAGCUGACAGGUCAGAUCUCCCACAUCCUGCCCAUGAUGGUGGCAGUAAUCCUGGCCAACAUGGUGGCCCAGGGCCUGCAGCCCUCCCUCUAUGACUCCAUCAUCCAAGUCAAGAAGCUCCCGUACCUGCCAGAACUCGGCUUUGGACACAUGAGCCAAUACAACAUCUUUGUAGAAGACAUCAUGGUGAGGCAGGUGAAGUUUAUAUCAUCUCAGUCCACAUACCGAGAAGUCAAGCUCCUGCUGGACUCCACCUCUCUCAAAUCAAUCCCCCUGGUCGACUCCAAAGAUUCUAUGAUCCUACUGGGCAGCAUUGACAGGGUGGAGCUUCUGGCUCUCUGUGAUUGGUGGUUGUCACCAGAAAGAUGGUUCCUGAUGCAGGGUCCGCUAUUGCUCGAGCAGAAUGAGUCUCAGAAGCACAGCUGGGAGUCCCUCGCCUUUGUAGACGAAGAGGAGGAAGAGGAUGGAGAGAAGGGUAGUCCAGUGCAGGAGGAGAGAAAUGGUCCCCUGCCUCCUUCGAAGCCUCAGGAGCCUUCCUCUAACCACACUGCUCCUGCUCCUGAAAAAUCUUCUCUGCAGUCUGUGAGGAAAACACUCAGGAAUAUCUUCACCUCUAAGAGCAGGCAGACAGAGGGGCAGUCUCAGGAGCCUUGUCCUCCUCCUUCGCUGUCAGACACAAUGACACCAGAAGAGAUUAAAGCGUGGGAGGAGGCAGAGAUGGACAAGCCGAUGGAAAUCGAUGAGAUACGAGUGGACCCUUCCCCUUUCCAGCUGGUGGAGAGAACAUCUUUACACAAGACCCACACCUUAUUCUCACUGCUCGGGCUAAGUCAUGCUUAUGUGACCAGUACUGGCAAACUGGUGGGGGUGGUGGCACUGAAAGAGCUCCAGAAGGCCAUCGAAGGCUCCACGCGCUCUGGUGUUCGGCUCCGCCCCCCUCUGGCCAGCUUUCGUGAUAUCACCAACCACAACUCAGUCUCUAAACCUCCACCUUCAUCUCCCACCACCCCUUCUUCUCCAUCCUCCACCUCUUCUCCCUCACCCGAAAUUGUUGCUCAGCCUCCGCCCCCCUCUCCCCCUCACCACCUCCACCCUCAUCAUCACAGCCACGAGAAUGAAACAGAGGUGUGGAUCGAGGGUGGGAUGGGGGAGGUGGAGGAGAGCAGCAGUAGUGCUUCAGGGAGCGGCAGCAGCACGGUGGCCUGCAGCUCGGCCAGCAGGAGUUACAGCUACAACAGCAACCUCACCCUCCCUCCUUCUUCUACUCCUCCCCCAGUCCCUUCUUCUUCCACUCCUCCUCCUUCUCCUCCUCUGUCCUCUAUCCCCCUCUCCACCCUACAGAGACUCUUUGAGGGGGAUGAGGACAGCGAUGAUGAGCCGAUGGUUUAG